AUGGAGAAGAAAUAUCUGGAGUCUGGAUUUGAUCUUAAGAAGUUAAGGGUUCCGGAAUUGAAGAAGAUUUUAGCCGAAAAUAACGUUAAUUUUCCCUCGAGGGCCAAAAAACAUGUUUUAAUUAAACUAUUUAAUUCAAAAAUAAAAGCAGCUCCAAGAAUCUUAAGGAGUAAAGAAGGGGUGGUGAAACAAAGUACGAAGACCAAGGACUCAAAUAGAUCGCGAUCGAGCUCACCCAUCAAAAGGAAAAGAACGAAGGAAAUCAAUUCUAGAGAGGAUGGAGCCACGGAAAAGAAGACCAAGAAUCACAAAGAUAUAGUAGAAUCUGUAAAACUAGUUAAUAUUGAAGAUGAUACUACCCAUCUCAAGAGGAAGAAACCUGAAAAUGAAGUUGACCAAUCAAGGAAAAAAAGGAAGAGGAAAUUGAGAGAUCUGCGAGAAAAUAAACUAACAAUUGAUGUUAAAGAUAGAGAUAUUUUGUCACCUAUAAAAGUGGAGGAGAGCAGUGAAGGCACUCCUCAAAUACCAUCUAACAACGAUACUGAUAUUGCUGUAAAGGAUGAAACAGAAGAUCUGGUUGGUCGUCCUGAAGUACCCUCAAACUUACUGAAUAUCUCAUCUGAAUUUGCUCACACGUUACAAUCUGCUCUUUCUAGUGAAGAGCCACCAAUUUCUUUUGCAGUUCCUGAAGGAACCCUUAUAAGCUUAAACGAAAAUAACGAAAAUACCCAUAUUCAUAAACAUGUUUCGAAUCAAAGAGAAAAUUUUGAGAAAGAGACACUAAGUGAUUCAUCUGUAGUAGCAAUAUCGUCACUUCAAGAAAAAAAUAACCCCCCAAAAAAAAUUGAUAAUUUCGAUUCUUUGACAGAAAUGGCUGAUAUAACUGAACAUUCUUCAACACCUGCUGCGGCACCAGUACUACAUGAAGGAUUUGGGGAAUUCAGUAAUUAUCCAUCCUACUCUACAAACAUUAAGCCGGUUAAAGAAGAACAGGAAUUUCAUAGCAAAGGAUAUACAUCUGAUAUUAAAUUUGAUGUCAGCAAUGCUGAAAAUUACAACUUAUCCACUCCCGGUUGCAACGAUAAUGUUGUUGCUGAGGAAAUAUUACCUGAUACUGAAGAAACAAAAGAAAUUUCAAAGUCACUUCCAAGUAUUGAAUCAGAAGAUACAAUCAAGGAAGACAGUAACACCUUCCUGUCGAGUUCUGAAAGCCAGGUAACAAGAGAGACAUCAUAUAUGCGACAUCUUACUCGUUCAAUUAUACAGAGUUUAUCGUGCGUAAAAUUACCGAAGAAGAAGAGUAUACAUUUUUUUCAUUGUAAAAUCGGGUGUGGGUUACUGACAAUUAAAGAACAAGUAAAAACAAUUAAUAGAUUGAGAAGUUCGUUUAACGCUAGGUUUUUCAAAGGCCUAACGAACUUCUUAAUUCCUUUAUUGUUAAAUGUAAUAUGGUUUUUAAUGUUUGCGGUACCAGUUGUCUUUGCGCUUUGGUACAGAGAAGAACAAAUUGCAAUCGGAUAUUGUAAUACAAGGUAUGAAUUGAAUAAUACGGGUACAACUAGUGAACAUCAUGAAUUAUGGAAUAUUUUGGGAACAUACCUCGAGGCUACUAAGCCAAAGUGCAUACCUUGUCCUGAACAUGCAUCAUGCUAUGCUAAUAUGCAACUCAUCUGUGACAAUAACUAUGAAAGGACUACAAAUUACCUGUCAUUGUUCAAACUAAUCCCAUUAGCAGAUAGUUGCCACGAGGCUUCUGCCGAGAGAGUUUUAGAAAUUGCUAAUCACUUGACUGACGUCUUACGAAAACAAAAUGCACGAAUUCAAUGUGGCAAGGGUGCAAACGAUUUAAAAAGUGGACUAAGUGAAAAGCAUAUUUUUAAUUUAUUAUCCCUCUGGUACACAUGGGUACAUGAGGAGAAUUUUGAUGAUCUCUGGUUAAAUGUACAGUCAGAGCUGAAAAAAAAGCCAGACAUUUCUUUUAGUGUUGUACCAGUGGAAAAUUCUACAAAUUCUACACUUUGGCUGAGAUCAAAUUCAAGAAGGUAUAUUAAUCUGAAGUGCUUUUUCCAGCCAACGGAAAACAUAAUGAAACAAAGUCGAUAUAUUUUUGUUUUAUUAUUGCUGAUAUUUAUAAUUUAUGGGUUAUGGAAUUAUGUACAUGGAAUUUUUGAACGCCGUCAUGGCGAUGCUGCUAAUAUAGAGCAGUUAUUUGUUACUACCCUCCGUUUGUUGCAAGAUGCCAAAAAAGAAAAAGAUAUGCCAUUUGUGAACACGCUACAAAUAAAAGAUCAAAUAUUCAAGGAUAUAAAAGAUAUGCGUACACGACUAAAUUUGUGGAAAAAGGUUUCAGCAAAACUGGAAGAAGAUAAAAAACAGAUUAAGGUUUACCAUUUGGAGGUAGACGGUGAAAUAAUGGAAUGUUGGGAAUGGAUUGAUCCUAUCAGCAAUGAUUUUAAUACUAUAUAA